CAUCUUCCCGACUCGGGUCCCGACUUGCGGAGUGGCGGUAGGCGGUGUUUCAAGGGAGGAAACAGUCAAGAAUUUUUGAAAUUGGGGCUUCUCAAUUUCUCGGCUUCCCGCCCACUUACAACGAGCAACAAUGACUGCAUCACGGCAAAUUGGCCGUCUUGGCCGGUCCCUGGGUGCUUCCGUGCUCGCAUCUCGAGCCGCUGCACCUGUGGGACGGCCAUGGACCUACGCAUCUUGCUCACGGAGCACUGCUAUCAGGUGGACGAGCUCGGCCACUGACACAACCCGGGCACGCCCCUUCGUCAGGCUACCGGAACUCUUCCCGACUCACGAGAACUUCGCGGGCCGUCACAUCGGCCCCGACGACGACAGCUCCCAUCAGAUGCUCAAGGCGCUCUCCCCACCGGUCGAGUCCAUGGACAAGUUUAUCCAGCAGGUCAUCCCCGCCGAUAUCCUCUCGUCCCGUGAGCUCUUCCCGCGCCGCCGAGACUCGUUCGACUCGGCCGCCAGCCGGGCCACCAAGGAAGGCCACCAGGAAUGGGAGGUGCUGGCCCUUGGGCGGGCUGCUGCCGAGAGCAACGAGUCUAGCAGGAAGAACUUCAUCGGUGCCGGCUACUACGGCACCAUCACCCCCGAGGUGAUCAAGCGCAACGUGCUCGAAAGCCCCGCCUGGUACACCAGCUACACCCCCUAUCAACCCGAGAUCAGCCAAGGUCGCCUCGAGUCGCUACUGAAUUUCCAAACUCUGGUCUCGGACUUGACCGGCCUCCCCAUGUCGAACGCCAGUCUCCUAGACGAGGGCACUGCCGCCGCCGAGGCCAUGACGGUGUCGAUGAAUGCCCUCCCCACGUCCAGGGCUAAGCGCCCCGGCAAGACCUACGUCGUCGACAAGAACGUCCACCUCCAGACGCUGAACGUAUUGCGCAGCCGUGCUGAAGGGUUUGGCAUCAACGUUCGGGUGAUGGACCUGUCGACCUCCGAUUUCUCCGAGUUGGAGAGCGUAGGGGAUGAUUUGGUUGGUGCGCUGGUUCAGUACCCAAACACCUACGGCCAAGUGCGCGGCUUCAAGGGGCUUGCCGACGCCGUACACAAGCAGGGCGCGCUUCUCAGCGCCGCUACCGACCUGUUGGCCCUCACGGUGCUGACACCGCCCGGGGAGUGGGGUGCAGAUAUCGCGUUUGGCAAUUCCCAGCGGUUCGGUGUUCCCUUGGGAUUCGGCGGUCCCCAUGCCGCCUUCUUCGCUAUUACAGACAAGCACAAGAGGAAGAUGCCUGGUCGUCUGAUCGGUGUCUCGAAGGAUCGCCUCGGGGAUCGGGCUCUCAGACUGUCUCUACAGACCAGAGAGCAGCACAUCAGGAGAGAGAAGGCUACGAGCAACGUCUGCACGGCGCAAGCGCUGCUGGCCAACAUCAGCGCCUUUUACGCUGUGUACCACGGCCCUGGGGGUUUAAAGAAGAUCGCCGAAAGAUGCAGCCUGGGCGCAAGAGUUGUCCAGUAUGCUGCUCGUCAUUUCGGGCUUGACUCCGGAUCGGACGCGGUGGCUUUUGAUACUGUUGUUAUUUCCUGCCCUGGCAAGGCCCAAGAGAUCAAGAACCUCGCCAGGGAUGAGGGCAUCAACAUCCGGCAGGAUGGUUCUGAUAGUGUCAUCAUCAGCAUUGACGAGACUGUCGAGGAGCGCGACCUUCUCGCUUUGAUCAAGGUGUUCGCCCAGACUGGCGGUAGCAACGGCACGGGGUCACUCGCAGAAUACGCCCCGCUUCUCGAACAGUUUCUCGAAGCCUCUCAGUCUGCCACCGCCCUCGGGCACAUUCCCGAACCUCUGCGCCGACAGUCUGCCUACCUCACGCAUCCCGUUUUCAAUACGCAUCACUCCGAAACCGAGCUUCUCCGAUACAUCCACCACCUACAAUCCAAGGAUUUGUCUCUCGUUCACUCGAUGAUCCCCCUCGGGUCGUGCACCAUGAAGCUCAACGCCAGCACCGAGAUGGCUCUCAUCACGCUUCCCGGCUUUUCCAAUGUCCACCCGGCGGCCCCCGCCGAGGAGACCAAGGGAUAUCGCGACAUCAUUAACGCACUGGAAGAUCAGCUCAAGGAGAUCACCGCCAUGGACGGCGUGUCUCUGCAGCCGAACUCGGGCGCUCAGGGUGAAUUCGCCGGUCUCCGCGCCAUCCGCAAAUACCACGAGAGCCGGGGCGAGCUCAAGCGUGACCUUUGCCUCAUCCCCGUCUCGGCCCACGGCACGAACCCGGCGUCGGCGGCUAUGGCGGGCAUGCGCGUCCUGCCGGUCAAGUGCGACACCAAAACGGGCAACCUGGACUUGGCCGACCUUGAGGCCAAGUGCGCGCAGCACUCGAGUCAGAUCGGCGCCAUGAUGAUCACGUACCCGAGCACCUUUGGAGUGUUUGAACCACAGAUCAAGAAGGUGUGCGAGAUUGUGCACGCCCACGGCGGGCAGGUGUACAUGGACGGCGCGAACCUGAACGCCCAGAUUGGGUUGUGCUCGCCAGGUGAAAUCGGCGCUGACGUGUGCCACUUGAACUUGCACAAGACUUUCUGUAUUCCCCACGGCGGCGGAGGCCCCGGAGUUGGGCCCAUUUGCGUCAAGAAGCAUCUGAUUGACCACCUCCCGACCAAGGACGUGAAGAAUGUCGAGGACCCGAACCACCCGGUCAGCAGCGCGCCAUACGGUAGCUCUAGCAUUCUGCCCAUCAGCUGGGCGUACAACGCGAUGAUGGGCGGAGAAGGGCUCAAGAAAGCAACCACCAUCACGCUCCUGAACGCGAACUACCUCCUCAGCAAGCUUAAGCCGCACUACCCUAUCCUAUACACCAACAACCACGGCCGGUGCGCGCACGAAUUCAUCCUCGACGUGCGCCCGUUCCAGGACAGCGCGGGCGUCGAGGCCAUCGACAUUGCCAAGCGUCUGCAGGAUUACGGCUUCCACGCGCCCACCAUGAGCUGGCCGGUCGCCAACACGCUCAUGAUUGAGCCGACCGAGUCCGAGUCCAAGGAGGAGUUGGACCGGUUUGUCGAGGCGCUGGUCAAUAUUCGGCAAGAAAUCCGCGAGGUCGAGGAGGGCAAGGCGCCGAGACAGGGCAAUGUGCUCAAGAUGGCGCCGCAUCCCAUGGCGGAUAUCAUCUCCGGGGAUGGUGAGGCUGGGGCCAAGUGGGACAGGCCGUAUACGCGGGAGAGGGCGGCCUACCCUGCGGCGUGGUUGAAGGAGAAGAAGUUCUGGCCGAGCGUGGCGCGGGUUGAUGACACAUAUGGUGACCUCAACCUGUUCUGCACCUGCCCGCCUGUCGAGGACACCACCGGCGAGGACCAGUCCUAGGUGCAGGUAUUAACACACACCAAGGGACUACAACAAGCAAAAAUCAGGCGCAUUUGGGAAUUCAUCAUUUACGCAGCGGGGGCAAAUCGGCUUUCUUCAACACUUCAAGGUUCAACCACCCAUAUACCCAACCAGCAUGCGUCGAGCAUUGGAAACGGACUUCAACCAGGACGGGGGGCUUCAACGGGGACUU